AUGAACCCCCAACUAGUAGGGAUCCUGCUGGGCGCCCUGCUGGGGGCUUCCUUGGGAAACCGAAUGAAAUGCUUUGACUGCGGAGGCCCUGGAAGCUCCUGCAAAGACACUGUGACCACCUGUGGCGAGGGCGAACGCUGUGGCUUCCUGGAACGCAGACCUCACUCAGGCUCUGGACAGAUGAAACUUUCUACCAACUCCUCAGUGACCGUGAUUCAUCAUCGUCCAGCCUGUGUGGCCGUCCAACAUUGCAAUCAAGUAGAAACAGAGCUGGUAGGAGACGUGACUUACACAACCCACAGGGACUGCUGCGUCGGAGACCUAUGCAACAGCGCCACGGCAAGCACCGUGGUCCCGGCAUCCAUCUUGGCUACAGCAGUCACUGCCCUGGCCUUGCUCUUGCCUGGACUGUGGAGAGCGUAG